CCUACUAAUACUCCCUACAAUACAAUUCCCCUCAUCCCCCUUUCCACACUUUCUCUCUCUACACCUCCCCCUUUCUCUCUCUAGAAUUCCUCAUAUCUCCAUCGCCAGAUUCCUUCCAACCGGAUCGAAUUCCCCUUCGAUUCCUUCUACUCCAUCUGCAUUCAUCCUUAAUCGAUUCACGCUAUUUCUCAUUCACGUUUGUUUGGAUUCACCGGAGAAUUAAUCGAUUUCACCGGAAGUUAGGGUUUCGUUUGUGUUUCAACAUUCAAUCAGGUCGUAUUCUUCCACUUUUUAGGUUGUUCGAUUCGUUUCUGAUUGAUUUUGUGUGUUGAUUUUGUGAAUUUAGGUUUUAGGUUGAACGUUAGGGUUUGUUAUUAUUCGUUGAUUCUUUAUCUGUACAGUUUUAGGCUAUAAUUUGUGUAUAUACCAGAAGCUCUGUGAUAUUUUUGGCGCGUUUUUUUUUUUUAAUUUUGCCCCUAAAAUUGAGGGUUUUCUUGUUGAAUUUUGUUGCGUGUGUUGUUUUGUUAACUUUAGGGUUCAUGUAAUCAUCAGAAAAAAAAAUAAGAAAAAGUCAAAAAAAAAAAAAAAACAAAAAAAAAUAGGUUGUUCUUCCUCUCUUCCUUUAUUGUUAUGCCAUUUAGUUGGUCUAGGGCUUCGUUGAAUUCGGUUUAGAUAGGAAAGUAGAAACAAUUGUCUUCUAGGGUUGUACAGUAUGACAUUGAAUUUCACCCAGCGUCCGAUUUUCCCUGCGCAUACAUCGGAAGACAAUAUGGUUUCGCAGUUGAGAACGGUAAACGGUGAGAAAGGGGGUCAAGAGGAGGUACAUGAUCGGUUCGGUUACCGGAGAGAGAUAGUUGAUAAGGGUGAGAAAGAUAAAAAUAAAGACAUUGUUGAUUUGUUGCCAUCGGAUCCGUUUGGGAUGGAUAUUGAUAUUAGUACCACAUUUACGGCGAUUACAGGAUGGUUUGGUGAUUUGGAACUCGAGUAUGGGGAUCAUAUGAGGAAUAAGGUUGUGAAUCAUAAAGAGGAUUAUAGGUUGUUUGCUGGUUUUAACUUCUUUUGGAACAGUGCUAUGAAGUUUCAGUCAUUGCCGACCAAUUUGAUGUACCAUGAUCAACAUAAUAAGGGUUUUGAUCGUGUAAGUGAAAGCGUUGUUGUCACGAAAUGCGGAGAGUCUGUAAAUGAGUUUGCUGUUUGUCCUGAUGUUAUUGGAGGAGAUCCUCAUGACGCGUUUGUUCUAUCUCUUAGUUAUCUUGGAACGAAAGAUCUUCUUAUGGUGGAGCGUGUUUGUAGAUCUUUGUGUUAUACGAUUCGUAACGAUUCUCUAUUAUGGAGAAAUCUUUACAUUGAUCAGCCAUUGAAUGAGAGAAUAACUGAUGAUAUUCUUGUCCGGUUGACAAACCGUGCUGAAGGUAAUCUACGGUUUCUAAGCUUAAUAAAAUGCCCAAAGAUCACAGAUGAUGGUCUGCGGCGCGUGUUGGAAACAAAUCCAAAAUUGACCAAGUUGUUCAUUCCUGGAUGCACAAGACUUAGUAUAGAGGGUAUAUUGAAUAAUCUGAAGGCUUUCAACUCAAGUACAGAAACUGCUGGAAUAAAACACAUAAGAACAGGUGGAUUUUACGGCAUAACACUUGAUCAUUACGAACAGUUGAAUAACUUGUUGGGAGUUCAGAAUAACAAGCACAUUCCAAACUAUUAUCACCUUGCAAACUUGCAUGCACCAUGUGACGACGAUCGCGCUUUAGAUGUUGAAAUCUGCCCGAGAUGUCAGAAUUUGAGGCUCGUCUAUGACUGUCCAGCUGGUGGUUGUCGACCAAAAGAUCAAUGUCGGGCUUGCAUAAUCUGCAUUCCUAGGUGUGCUGAAUGUGGGCGGUGUGUCCAUAAUAGUGAAUAUGAAGAAACGUUUUCGUUGGAGUAUCUUUGUUCAGAAUGUUUGAAACAGUUGCCUAGGUGUCAAGAGCCACAUGGCUAGGUGGGCGGGUCUACGCUUUUAUUGAAGGAGGAUAAAAGCCCGUUUCGGUUUGUCGUGUUAGUGAAUCCCCUAUUGCUUUGCUUUGUUGAUCGAAGACAAAAGAGGUAACAAGAAUAUACAAAAAGUUUAUUUAAAAAAGAGGGGUGAUUGCUAACUGAGGUCAUGGUUAGGGUUCAGUCAUGUCAAGUGUCACACAUGACCGUGGAACAUAGGUUCUUAUGAGACGACGAGUUAAAAGUGCGAUGAUGUGGAUGCACUAUACGUGGUCAUGACGGUCCAACCUUAUUGCACCGCUAUACCGAUGCGGUUUGGUUGGAGCUCUGGGGUUCAUGCGGACUAUACAGACGCGGUUUGGUUGGAGAUCUGGGGUUCAUGCAGGUCCAGUCCGGGGCAAGAUUGAGCCGGCCUGGUACAUUUAAAGAUCUUUAGACGUUUGUGUCAUUUAAUGUUUGUUGCGUUUAUGUUAACUGAUAUGUUUGUCAAUAAUAUGAGGAUUUGUUUUUUGCUAUUAUAAAGUGUUAUGUACAUGUAAUGUACAAUGUUUAAUGCGUGGAGUACAAGUUAUUGCAUCU